CUCAUCGCCACCUUGAAACACAAAAUACUCUUCAUUCACGUGUCAGCCCAUUUACCAUAUUCUUUAUUUACAGUCAAUCUACUCGCGUCGCAAGCUAGUUUCGAUCCCCUAGACAGUCUCUCGUAAAGCCGCAGGGCUGACGUUGUUUCACUCGCCUCUUCUCUGUCUCUCACUCAUCCUCAUAUUAAUACUCAUCCACUUAUACAAUGACUGCGCAAUCACCUCCCAAGCGCAGAAGUCGCUUAUCUUCAAACACCCAAGAUAAUGACGAUGCAGCACUCAAGGCCCGUCGCGAACGUAACCGCGAAGCCCAAAACAUCUUCCGCCGCCGUCGCCAAGCCGCCGAAGCAGCACAGGCCCAGCGCGUGCGUCGUCUCGAGCAGGUAAUCGAAGAGAUGAGCUCCGUCUUCAUGUCCUUCGUUGACGAGAUGCUCACCACUGAAGCUGUAGUCAGAGCCCAGCCGAGUCUUGUUGGUAGUUUGAGGAGAAGUAUGGAGAGGAUUCUGGAGCUGGCGCAUGAGGUUGUUGGGCCGGAGGAGGAUCUUGUGCUGUUGCCGAGGGAGGGGGAGGAUAGGAAGCGUGGAGGUUCUGGAUCGCCGGAGAGUGAGCAGAGUGAAACGACGGAGGAUUCUUCGGGUUCGAUGGCUGUUGCUGUGAGAAAGACUCAGGUCCAGGCGCUGACACCGCCUACGUCAACGGUCAUGACUUCAGUUUCUACGCCAACUCCGCCAUCUUUAUCGACUUCAGCGCCAGCUUCACUAUCAACGCCGCCAUACUUCAACUCUCAGCAACCACCAAUGGCCAAAUCCUUCAACCUACCAACAUUCUCACUCUCGCCUCAGAUCUUCGGCAACGGCUGGCUCGGCACAACCCCUGCAUCACCCGGCGAUCUCGCUGUCCCCUCAUCCACACAACACUCAGCAUUUUCAUUCCGCCUCGCCUGCGAUAUACUAACGAUAGCAUGUCACCUCCUCGUAAACUCACCGCCGCCCUACGCCAUGUCAGCCUGUGAAUCGCGCCUCUUCUGCAACACCCUCAAAGGCCGUGCAAAAGACGAGAUGCUCACACGGCUACGCUGGCUUAUUGGCCCAGGUCGACAUGAGAUGUAUCGCGUGAUCGAUCUACCGUACGGACGAUAUGGACAGUAUGUUUAUUCUCGCGCGGAGCUCAACCCUUCUACGGUGGAGGAUAUAGAAUGGCCGUGGCCUACGCGACCGGCUGGAACGCGCAUCGACCAUUUCACACGAUUCUUCAGCAUUGUUGGAGUUGAGAAGCAGCUCCUCGCACUCGGUGCCAGGGUUGUCGAUGCUGAAACUAUGGAACUCAAUCUGAACAACUCGCCGAUGCCGAAUGUUGGGCACACUGUACCGAAACAACCCGAGAGCUGGAGCUUCGUCAAUUGUUUCUCAUUUCCCACAGAGCCAAAAUCUGGUCCUGUUACAGUGCGGGUGAGUAUACCUGCUCUUAUAAAGUCGCUCGCUACGAGAUCUCUCUGUUUGAUGCGGGGACCGGGAAUACCGAGGUCCGAGAUUGGAAGUGCGAUUGAGGAAGCCAUCAUCAAAACAGGAUGAGCACACGAUAAAAGUUUUAUGAUUUAACGAGAUGGACACACACGCAUGACAGGAGGGAUUGGAUCACUAUUAAGGCUUUUGGAUUGGAUAUUGCAAAAUUUGGGAUGGAAGCGUUGUUAUUAUGGCCUAGUAAAGCGACCU